CCCUGCAUAGUAAAUACGAAAUAUUAAAAACUUACUCGAUCACUUUCUGAAUUUCAUAACCAGGGAGCUGGGCGGGCACCACCGAGGCCAACACAUACCCACUGGCCAUGGUGCCUCGUUGACUGAUAUCAAAGCAUCCAUGACAAUAUGGGGCGACCAAAUUGACAAAGCUCAAAUGAGCAAGCUAUUGAUCUCACUCCCAUUUUAUGGACACACCUGGAAACUCGCUGACCCUACUGACCACAGCGUCGGUGCCAAAACUACUGAUAAGGGCCCUCUUCAGCCAUUCACUAAUUUUACCGGAUUAAUUGGCUUCAACGAGGUGAUGUUGAAAAUGAAAGAUGGUGGCUUGACCAUGGAGGAGGACAAGGAUGCUGGCUCAGUUUACUUUUAUAAGGAUGACCUAUGGAUUACCGCUGAGGUCGAGGCCACCAUUAAGGCUAAGACCAAUUGGGCCACGACUGAGGGUUUCGGAGGGGUCACCGUUAGGGCCAUAAAUAACGACGACUUUAACGGUUACGUAACGACUAAGAAACACCCCCUCCUCACCGCUGUCAACGAGGGGCUCAACAAAAACUAACUGGGUGUUUAUUUUAAAAUAAAGGACAUAGCUACAAAAUUUAAGACGAUUCAAAGUUAUUGAUUUUAAUUGAGUAAAAUUUUUAAAAUUUCAUGUUUAAUGUAAAAUAAAAUUAUUUGCGAAUAAAAAUUGCAUUUAAAUCAACUAUAUA